AUGGAAGAAUUAGAAGAAGUGAUAAGAACAACAAAAAAGAAUAAAGCACCAGGUUUAAGUGGAAUAACAUAUGAUUUUUGGAAACAUAGUAAGAGUUUAAUGAGAAUAUUACUUCUAGAAAUAAUUAAUGAAAAUUUAAAUUUAACAAGUGCUAUCACAUUAAUAGAAAUAGCCAUAAAGAUAUUUUUGAAAAUCUUAGUAAGAAGACUGAGUGACAUACUAUCAAAAGAAAAGGUUCUAAUGGAUACAAAUUAUGCAGCAUUGAAAAAUGAAAAACAAAUUAAAGAUAAAGUAAGAUACAAGAUAGAAGAAAAUAAAAUAAUAAAUAUCAAUAAAAGAGAGAAAGAAAAAUUGGAAUUAAAUUUUAACAUGACAGCUUUUAUGGAUGAUACAACUUUAAUAACGAAUAUUGGAAAGUAUGAACUAAUUAAAAUUAGUAAUAACCAAGAUAAUUUAGUAAUUGAAGGUGAAGAAGUUAAAAAAGUUAAUAGUUAUAAGGCAUGUCAAAUUUUUAAUUGGAAAAAAUUGAAUGAAAAACAAAUUAUAGCAACUUGGAAUAUGGUGAUUAUACCACAUAUCAAAUAUCAAUUACAGGCAAUAUUUUUAGUAAAACCAGAAUGUGAAUUUAUAAUAGAAAGAAUAAAUGGAUUAGUUAAAAGAAGAGCAGACUUAGCCAUAAAACUCCUAAUUAAAAAUUUAAUCUAUCAAGCUAAUGGAAAUGAAAAAUUGAAACUUUUGUUCGAUUCAAAAACAAAAAAGGAUUUGAAUUACGAACUGCAUAGGAGAUCUAGAUACAAUAGCAAUACAAGAAUCGAAUAUUUAACACAACAUAUUUUUAUUACUCCCAACAUAUGUAAUGAAUUUAAUAGAAUUAUUCGUUUAAUUUACAGAUAUUCACUUUCACUUCCUAAAUCUCUUUUUAACUCAGUAAUUCAUAAUCCUAUAUAUCCUUAUAUUUUAAACAUUUGGGAUUCACAGUUGUGGAUGCAAGCCUCACUGUUGAACACACAAAUCAAUAACCCUAUUACAUCUCAUUUUAUACAAUUUUUAAUAUUAACUUCCCAAAAUCACCUUUGGACUAAUGAUAUUAGUGAAACUGAUAAUAAUCCACUUCUAAUUGCUCACCAAACAACUAUACAAGAAUUUAAAGAGGGAAUUAAUUCUAUUCAACUUUAUUAA